AUGUUAGCCAAUAUCCUUCUCCCAUUAUUGGCACUUUCAGGUACCAUCUGUGCCGCCUCCACAUUCAAGAAGCGGAUGGAUUAUUCGGAAAAAGGUAGUGUAAAAGGUGUCAAUCUCGGUGGUUGGUUUGUCAUCGAACCUUUCAUCAACCCCUCUCUUUUCGAAGCUUUCGGUGAUGACAUUCCAAAUGAUGAGUACCAUUACACUUUGUCCCUCGGUAAAGAAUUAGCUUACGAAAGAUUGAACGAGCAUUGGGGAUCAUGGAUCACCGAAGCUGAUUUCGAAACUAUGAGCGGCAUCGGGUUGAACUUUGUCCGUAUUCCUGUCGGUUAUUGGGCGUUAUUAGCCCUUGAUGGUGACCCUUAUGUUCAAGGCCAAUUGCCAUAUCUUGAUCAAGCUUUAGAAUGGUGUGCCAAAUAUAACAUUCAAGCCUGGAUCGAUUUGCACGGUGUUCCAGGUUCUCAAAAUGGGUUCGAUAACUCCGGAUACAGAGAAGAUGCAGAAUAUUUGGCUUGGUUCCAAGGAGAUAACUUGAACAAAACCUACGAAGCCCUUCUGAUCAUGUCUGAAAGAUACGGUGGUGCCAACUACAGUGACGUGGUUGCCGGGAUUGAAUUAGUCAACGAGCCUUUGGGAACUUACUUGGAUAUUAACACCAUUGCCGAAUAUUAUGACACUGGUUACAAGAUGAUUCGUGACGAUUUGGACUUAGUGACAGACGUGAUUAUGCACGAUGCUUUCAGAGACCAAAACUAUUGGGAUCCAUAUUUCCAGUUGUACGACUACUGGGGAGUCGUCAUUGAUCACCAUCGUUACCAAGUCUUUAGCACCGGUGAAUUAGCGAGAACUAUCGACGAGCAUGUUGAUUUUGUCUGCAAACAAGGUGCAGAUACAGCUAGUGAAUAUCACUGGUCUCUCACCGGUGAAUGGUCAGCAGCUUUAACCGAUUGUACUUACUGGCUUAACGGUGUUGGCCGUGGUGCUAGAUACGAUGCCACUUACCAAUCUUCCACUAAAUAUGGCACUUGUGAUGGUAUCAAUGAUAUUAGCACUUGGACUGACGAACAAAAACAAAACACUAGAAAAUUCAUUGAAGCCCAAAUGGAUGCGUACGACCAAGGUGCAGGUUGGAUUUUCUGGACUUGGAAAACUGAAAAUGCUUUAGAAUGGGAUUUCCAAAGAUUGGUUUACGAAGGAUUGGUUCCUCAACCUUUGACUGAUAGACAAUAUCCAAACCAAUGUGGAUAUUAA